AUGAAACUAGGAGACUCCUAAACUUUAAUCAACAAUAAAGCAGGGUCUAAAAUUCAAUAGAAUCUAGACUUGGAGAUAAUGGAAGAGGAUUCAUCUUUGCGUAAGCAAUGGAAAACUCAGACUAUUCAGGAUUAUGCCAAGAAUAUCAAAGAACUAGAUUUUAAGCAGUAAUGUAAUACUAAGGUGAGAAGAAGAAUCGACAGAGACUAUGAGAAUCAGUAUCUUAAAAGGAAUAAAGAGUUAGGAGUUAAUACAAUCCUUGGUUAUGAUUUAUAUAAAAGGAAUGAGUAAAAGAUGAGCUUAGUACAAAACAUAUUGGCAUCAAGUGGAUUGACAAGUGUGUAUAUCAUUAGUAGAGUGCCUAAUCUUCACAGAUAUGUUAGGUUAUCACUUUAUUCUGGACUGGCUUUAACAUUAUACAAAGUGAACUAGACUUUUAGGGAUGAAAUGAUAGACUAAAGUUUUAAAGAAAUGACUUUAAAAAAUUUGGAAUACUAGGAAUUGAAGCAGCUAUAUAGAGCUUAUCAAAUUAAAAAGUCAGAGAUUGAAGAAGAUAAGAAGGCACUGGCCAAGUAUAAAUACGAUCCCUAGUCAUAUCAUUGA